UGCUGCUGCUGCUGCUGCUGCUCCUGGACUUCGCGUGGAAGUCUUGAGUCUGCAUUGCAAAAGGCGAAAAGGGGACCGAACGAAGCGGCGAUGACGAAGACCAGCGGCGACAAGUCCGAGAAAGAACCGUGGCGGGGUUGCUAUUACAAGUUCGAGGAAAUCCAGAAGCAUAAUCAUAGCCAGAGUACUUGGAUUAUUAUAAACCGUCGUAUAUACGAUGUCUCAAAGUUUUUAGAAGAACACCCUGGUGGUGAAGAAGUCCUAAGGGAACAAGCAGGCGGAGAUGCAACAGAAAGUUUUGAAGAUGUUGGACAUUCUACAGAUGCCAGGACAUUGUCAGAAACGUUUAUUAUAGGGGAGCUUCAUCCAGAUGAUUGGGAAAAAGUUGAAAAACCAACGGGCCCUUAUAUUACCACUGUUGACUCUAAUGCCAGUUCAUGGACCAACUGGGUGAUUCCAGCAAUAGCAGCUAUCAUUGUGGCUCUUAUGUAUCGUUUCUACAUGUCUGAGUAAACCCAGUAUUAAGAAGUAAUAAAGGGACACUCUGUUUUGGGCAAGAAAAUGAAAUAUAUACCUAGGGGUGGCACAUCAGGACAGCAUCUUAAAACCAACUUUAAAGAAGUGCAUUUCUCUUUUUAUCAGAAAUUCAGAAUUAAAUUGUUUUAAUGGCGUCCUACAUAAUGUUGCCUUUUUCUACUUUGUUUUCAUAUGGUAAUUUUUUUUAAUUUCUUCAUGUCUAUCAUUUAAUCACAUGCUGCUACAGUGCUGCUCUUAAAAUUAAGAACACUCAUAUAGUCUCCAGUUUCUUAGUAUUUAAAAUUUCUCUGAUUCUUUUUAAUGAAUUCUUUAGGUUUCUUUUACAAAAAAAAUAAGUAGAUGGAAAUUUGUGUCUGUGCAAAUGUUUCCAUCUUUGCCAUUGGCUAAAUUUUGAUAUAUUUACUUCAUUGUAUAGCUGUAUCAUUUUUAAAGAGUUUUCAGUAUGAAAAUGAUAAACACUCAAAAUAAUUUCAUUUUUGCUAAUAAGGAUAUGGCUGUGGAUCCAAAUAUUUCAUUGUGCAAAAUAAAAUACUAAUUAUCCUUAAAUGAUUUGAGAUAGGGAGGAUCCAUAAUAGGCACAUACUUUUCAGUGGCCUUCAUUGUUUUAUAAGAUCCAUUGAAGUUCCCAAGAAAAAAAGGAAAAUAAUAAUAACAGAUAGAGGCUAACAUAGGGAACAAUAAUAGAGAGCAAAUCUAGAUCUAAAUAACUUCAUCUUAAAAUGCUUAUAUAUUGUGCUGUAUGGUUCUUGGCUGUAUUAUGGAUCAUUGAUUUAUUAAAUUGUUGUACAGGUAUAAAACAGCAGAAUACUGUCCCUUCAAACAUUUGUGAAAGAAAUAAAACAUUUUCUUGUGUCUGUAUACAAAGAAAAAAAAGUAUCAAUAUUUCCAUCUUAUUUGUGUUGCCAGCAAGAAGUUUGGAAAGUCUGUUGUAAAUUGUAAUCCCUGGGUAUGGAUUUUAGUUACCUGCUUAACUAUACCAUGUUAUUAGAGGUCAUAUAUUUAUGUAACCCAUGAUAUAUAAGCUGUUCCUAUAAGAUUUGCCUGCCUUGCAGAAUUCCGUACCUGAAAGCAAAUACCUUAUUUCCAGCACUUAUGCUCUCUUGGUGAAAUAUAUUAUAAACAUUGACAUUUAUCCUAGGCCUAUUUCCCAUUUGCUGCAUGUUGAUGGACUUUAACCCGCAUCCCUGAAUUACUUUUUGCCAAUGGCUUCAUGUAUAUGUUAAAGAGCAUGGGAGAUAAAAUGGAUUCCUGAAGAACACCA